AUGUGGGAUGGCCGAUUUUUCGAUCCAGAAAAAGCAACAGAAAAUUGGAAAACUUUGGAAGGGCCAUGGAAGCAUUUUGGACCGUUUGAAAAUGCGAUGGACCUUUUCGGCGAUGGGAGUUUCUGGAUCAUUCAAGCUCCUGGCCAUAUGCCGGGCAACCUUGGCGCUUGUGCCAGGCUUGCAACAGGCGAUUGGGUUGUUCUGGGCUCUGACUGUUGCCACUCACGAGCGUUGUUCACUGGUACCAAGGAGUUUGCGUCUUUCGAGCUUCCUGAUGGGAUAACAUUCAGCCUCCAUGAAGAUGUGCCGGCGGCGACCGACACUCUGGAACGAAUGAGGAUAAUGGAGAGAAAAUUCGGAGCUCACGUUGCCCUUGCCCAUGAUACUGCAUGGAUAGAGAGGGAAAAUGACUCAAUUCUUUUAUCCUUAUUGGAUGAUGAAUUUCGGUGUGAUAUGCGCGUGGCCUUGAAACAUCAGGCACCUUUUUAG